AUGUCCGCCCCAUCGCGAGAGGGCGCCAAACCCUCAAUCAACCGCCAAACCACCGCUCCCUUCUUCUUGAAGCUCUUCUACCGCGUGAACACCUUCAACCCACUCUCAGACUACAGCAUCCCGGUGCCGCCUCGUCGCGGCGGUCCAGUCAGUGGUCCAAACUCUAUCCGCCCAACGUCACCUGCUCCAUCUGCCGCGCCUCUCCCACAACAUCUAGAGAUCUACACUUGGCAAUCAUGCACACUACGCGAGCUCUCACAGCUUCUCACCGGUGCUCUUCCAUCAUUACUCCCUGACCCGCCUAUCGGAACUCGUCUCUGCUACCGAUUGAUUUAUCCGGACGCGCGCGGCGCGGCAAUGGGUGGCCCUGAUGCGCGAGGCCGUUACCUGAGCAGAGAUUUGGGAAGUGUUGUUGUGGGACCGAAAGAGAGCCUGCUACGCGCGGACGACGAUGAAGAGAAACCGGCUAGACCUCGCUCGGGCCCGCUUCGUUUCCAGGGCGCCGAGGCUGAUAAACCUCUGCAUGACGAACGUUUCAUUGUCGGUGACUACAUCGAAUGUGCUAUCUUGGCUCCGCUUGAAGAUGGUUCUGUUGCGCCCCCGCUGAAUGGCGCGUCCGGACCCAUCCCGGGACCCCGGGGUGGAGGUGGAGGUGGCGGUGGUAUGCGCGCAUUCCGUGAGAACGGAUAUAGUGGAUAUCCUCGUGGACCUGGACGUGGACCUGGCCGUGGUGGUCCUCGUGGCGGUGAUCGUGGCCCUCCUAAUAUGCCAUAUGGUGACUGGAACCGUGGAGAGCGCUUGCCGGAUGGCGCACGUCGGGGUGGAGGUGGAGGCGGCCGUCGUGGCUGGGCACCGUAUUAA